AUGAGUGGAAAUGGAGAUAUGCCCGAUGCUGUAAAUCAAUUCUUGGAACGCUCCAAGGUUGCUGGUCCCGCUGUUGGAUUCGGUGGCAUGUUGGGCUACUGUUCCGGCAUGGCCUUUCGCAAAGUGGGAAAGGUUGCUGGUGUGGCCAUUGGAUUGACCUUCAUGGGUGUCCAAACGGCUGCUAGCUCGGGCUACAUCACAGUAAAUUGGGACAAGGUCAAGGAGGAUACUUUUGUCAAGACACUGGACGCCAACAAGGAUGGGAUUGUCAACAUGGACGACGCCCAAAUGCAUUGGAAAAAGUACAGUGACAUUAUGACGGAUCGAGUGCCCAACGCCGGAGGCUUUGCUGCUGGAUUCAUGUUGGGUGCUAGAAGAGGUUAA